AUGGAGGAUUUGGCAUAUGAUUGCUUGAGUGAGUUGGUGGAGAGGAGCAUGAUUCAGGUCAAAGAUAUGAGUUCAACAAGAAGGAUAAAAUCAUUUUGCAUUCAUGAUCUCAUGCGAGAUUUGUGUGUGUCUAAAGCUCGAGAUGAAAACUUUCUACAUUUUAUGGAUUUGAGGAAUAAAGUGGAAGAGCCAAUUGAAUCAGUGUCUAUUGUCCCGAUAACAAAUGUACGAAGAGUUGCCAUUUAUUGUGAUCGUAAAAGUACUGAUAACGAUAUUGUUCAUAUGGUUCGAAAUAUAGAUGGCUCUCUGAGGUACCUUUCUGUACAUGAGCGACGCAUUGCGUUCGAAGGAGUAUUCAGACAUGUCUGCAAUCGCUUUCUGAUGCUUAGAGUUCUAAUCAUUGACAUCUCGGAUUUAUGCACCAGGUUGCCUAAAGAAAUUGGAAAUCUUAUCCACCUAAGAUUAUUUAGUAUGCCUAAAAGCCUAAUAAAAAUGAUUCCUUCUUAUUUUGGGAAUUGGAGAUGCCUGCAAACUUUGAGAGUGUGUACCGAAUAUGAUAAAAUACCAAAUUCAAUGUGCAAGUUGGAACAGUUGAGGCAUCUAUAUUUUUUAAAUCAUAUGACUGGCGUAGGAAUUGGUGAAUUCUUGAGGUCAACUAAGUCUAGAAAUUUAUUACAGACAUUGAUAGGUGUUCAUUCCAAGUAUCUUGUUCUGAGUGAUUUGCUACAGCUGGAGAAUCUCAAGAAAUUAGUAAUUGUUGUGGAUGAAAAUUUUUACUCAUUCUUACACAAUCCCCAAACUCUCACAUUCACUCGUCUUUUGUCUUUACGAGUAAUAGCCGAUGGUAAUGACGUGAAGAUAGAUAUUGUUCCUUUGAUUUUAAGCUGUCCUCAAAUUUAUAAGCUUACACUGGACUCGCUUGUAGUAAGAUUACCACAAGUCAACCAAUUCUCCCCAAAUCUUAUCAAGUUAAGAUUGUUUAAUCUGAGACUUGAGGAUGAUCCAAUGCCAACAUUAGAAAAGCUACCAAAAUUAAGAGUCCUUGUCAUUGGUAGUGAUAGCUUUAUGGGGGAUGAGAUGGUGUGCUCAAGAGGAGGUUUCAAUCGUCUUGAAUCUCUUGAGCUUAAUAAUCUAUAUCGCUUAAAAGAGUGGAAGGUAGAGGAGAGUGCAUUGUCUAGACUUGGCUAUUUGCGUAUUGAAAAAUGCAGGGGAUUGAGGAGAGUUCCAGAUGGAUUAAGAAACAUUUCUACACUCCAUGGUAUGCUGAUCGGUAAAAUGCCUAAGAAAUUCAAAGAAAGGAUGGAGGAAGGAGGAGAGGAUUUCUAUAAAGUCAACCACGUCACAUCUCGUGUGUUUAUCUACUGUGAUACAGAUUAUGCGUCUGACUAUAGAUGAAUAUAAGUGGGGUAUCAUCUUUGCACUAUACAAUCAAAUCAACAUUUGGAGGAUUUGUUUACCGAUGUGUUGAAUAAUGUUUGAUUCUGUGUAUUUUCUCCUAGCAAAACUAAUUGUUGAAUAAGAUUGGGUUAUGAUUGUUUUAGCGAAGGGUCAUUGGAUGUUCUUGUGGAUUAUGGAGUUGAUGCUUUAGCUGAUAAGGAGAGGCUAGAGAUGUAUGUAGUGAUGGUUUCCAUGUACAUGUGCUGUGUUCAAGAAAAUCCAUUUCUUAGACCAAAUAUGAGAAUGGUUGUUCA